AACUGGAGAGAGAAGAGCGGAAGAAAUCGCAAUGGCUCCCGAUUGGUGUUACAGUUCUCUGUACAAAUCCAGUAGUAUAAAUACCAAUCCAAUCCUACCGUUUUCGUCAUUCUAUCAUACGCCGUCGUUUUCGUGUUCUAGUCUUCCUGUUUCUAAGAGAACCCAAAGGCGCUCUGCUUCUGGUUUUGGAUUAUCUUGCAGGUAUUCUGCGAAUCGAGUGGUGUUGUUGCGGGCUUUUAAGAAAAGUGAGGUAGGCUCGCCUCCUAGAGAAGUAUACAAGGAAGAAGAAAGAGAAGAAGAGAUGACGAUCACUUCGGCGGUGAGGAUCGCCGAUCGGAAACUGGUCGUGAAGGAGAGGACGAUUCUGGAAGGAGUGCCGGACAAUGUGGUGGCGACGUCCGGUUCGACCUCCGGGCCAGUUGAAGGAGUGUUUCUGGGUGCGGUUUUCAACGAAAGUAGCAGUACACACGUGGUGUCUCUGGGAACUCUCCGAGACGUGCGGUUCAUGGCGUGCUUCAGGUUCAAGUUAUGGUGGAUGGCUCAGAAAAUGGGGGAUCGAGGGAGAGAUAUUCCCCUGGAGACGCAGUUUCUGCUGGUGGAGACAAAAGAUGGGUCCCAGAUUGAGUCGGACUGUGCUGGUGAGGAGAAUCAGAUAGUCUACACUGUUUUCCUCCCUCUUAUUGAAGGACCGUUUCGGGCUUGUCUACAGGGAAACUCCCGAGAUGAGCUGGAGCUCUGUCUGGAGAGUGGGGACGCCGACACCAAAACGUCGUCGUUUACCCACUCGGUCUUCAUCAGUGCCGGGACCGAUCCUUUUGCCACCAUCACCAGCGCAAUCAGAGCCGUUAAAUUACAUUUAAAGACGUUCCGUCUACGCCACGAGAAGAAACUCCCUGGAAUCGUUGACUAUUUCGGAUGGUGCACCUGGGACGCGUUCUACCAGGAAGUAACCCCAGAAGGAGUAGAGGCCGGCCUCCAGAGCCUCGCCGCCGGCGGCACCCCACCGAAAUUCGUGAUCAUCGACGAUGGCUGGCAGUCCGUGGGAGGUGAUCCACAGAAAGACGAAGGCCAAACCGAAAACAAACAACAGCCAUUGCUUAGACUGACCGGAAUCAAAGAAAACUCAAAGUUCCAAAACAAGGAGGAUCCCACGGGGGGAAUCAAAAGCAUCGUGAACAUAGCGAAGCAGAAACAUGGGCUAAAGUACGUGUACGUGUGGCACGCCAUCACUGGGUAUUGGGGUGGGGUGAGACCAGGAGUGAAGGAGAUGGAGCAGUACGAUUCGUUGAUGAAGUACCCAAUGGUGUCAAAAGGAGUGGUGGAGAAUGAGCCAGGAUGGAAGACUGAUGUAAUGACGUUGCAGGGAUUAGGAUUGGUGAACCCCAAAAACGUUUACAGAUUCUACAAUGAACUGCAUGAGUACUUGGCAUCAGCUGGAAUCGAUGGGGUGAAGGUGGACGUGCAGUGCAUAUUGGAAACACUGGGUGCGGGGUUGGGUGGAAGAGUGGAGCUCACCACACAGUACCACAAAGCGCUUGAUGCCUCUGUUGCAAGGCAUUUUCCUGAUAAUGGGAUCAUCGCUUGCAUGAGCCACAACACUGAUGCACUCUACUGCUCAAAACAGACGGCAAUGGUGAGAGCAUCGGACGAUUUCUACCCUCGGGAUCCUGUAUCACACACAAUCCACAUAGCGGCGGUUGCAUACAACAGUGUGUUCCUGGGUGAGAUUAUGCAGCCGGAUUGGGACAUGUUCCAUUCACUGCACUCAGCGGCUGAGUACCAUGCAUCUGCCAGAGCCAUCAGCGGCGGCCCCAUCUACGUCAGUGAUGCCCCUGGGAAGCACAACUACGAACUCCUCAAGAAACUUGUCUUGCCUGAUGGCUCAGUUCUCCGAGCCCGUCUGCCCGGACGCCCCACCCGUGAUUGUUUGUUCUCUGACCCCGCCCGCGAUGGUGUCAGUUUGUUGAAGAUAUGGAACAUGAAUAAGUACACUGGAGUGAUUGGAGUGUACAACUGCCAAGGUGCAGCCUGGAACAGCGCUGAAAGAAAGAACACAUUCCAUGAAACACAUUCCGGAGCCAUCACAGGUACCAUAAGGGGCCGAGACGCUCAUCUCAUUGCCGAAGCAGCCACCGACCCAGAGUGGAGUGGGGACUGUGCAGUCUACUGCCAUAAGAGUGGUGAACUUAUCACUCUUCCUCACAAUGCUGCACUCCCCGUCUCACUAAAGGUCCUGGAGCACGAAAUCCUCACCGUCACUCCUAUCAAGGUGCUGGCACCUGGGUUCAGCUUUGCUCCAUUUGGGCUCAUUAAUAUGUUCAAUGCUGGUGGAGCCAUCCAAGAGCUGAGAUAUGAGGUAAAGAGCGGAGCCCAAUUAUCAGAGCUUGAAGGUGGAUAUGAAGGUGAAGGAAAUGGUGUGGCUGAAGAGAGGAUGGAGAACAGGAGCACAGAAUUGGUGGGUGUGGUUCACAUGGAGGUUAAAGGGUGUGGCCGGUUUGGCGCAUACUCAUCAGCCAAGCCAAGAAGAUGCACCCUUGGUUCGACCGAGGUUGAUUUCAUAUACAAUUCCUCAUUUGGGUUGGUGACAUUGAACCUGAGUCAUAUGCCUGAGGAGGGCCAAAAUGUUCACGUUGUCAAGGUCGAGAUAUAAGAUAUGAUUAGUCUUUAGGCUUAGAUUGAGGGGUUGAAAGGGAAAUGUUGGGGAAUUGGGAUUGUUGAAGGAGGGGAACUAUCAUGUUAAUAAUUUGUGGGGAUGUGUCCGGAAUUGAAAUAAUUUUCAUAAACCCUGUAUAUUUAUGCUGCUCAUGAAGAAGCUAGAAUACCUAAAAUUUUGUAUCUAAAUCCUAGUUAAUAAAUGGUUGAUCUCUAAAA